GAGGGAAAGCGGCGCGCAUGCGUCGGGCCGGCUGGCUGCCCGGUUCCGGCGGGGCGGAGCGGCGCGAGGCCGGGCCAGGCCGAGCAGCGGCGGUGCGCCAUGCGCGGCUGGUAGAGCGCGGGCGUAGCGGCGUCGUGCCGCCAUGAAUCUGCGGGGCCUGUUCCAGGACUUCAACCCCAGCAAGUUUCUUAUUUAUGCCUGCCUGCUGCUUUUCUCUGUGUUGCUGUCGCUACGUCUGGAUGACAAAAUUCAGUGGAGUUACUGGGCUGUGUUUGCUCCAAUCUGGCUGUGGAAGCUGAUGGUGAUUGUUGGUGCCUCAGUGGGAACAGGAGUGUGGGCCCGAAACCCGCAGUAUCGAGCAGAAGGAGAAACAUGUGUGGAGUUCAAAGCAAUGUUAAUUGCAGUAGGCAUCCACCUGCUACUGCUGAUGUUCGAAGUUCUGGUGUGUGACAGGAUCGAAAGAGGAACUCAUUUUUGGCUUCUGGUCUUCAUGCCAUUAUUCUUUGUAUCUCCGGUGUCAGUUGCAGCUUGUGUAUGGGGAUUCCGACAUGACAGGUCCCUGGAGCUGGAGAUCUUGUGUUCAGUCAAUAUUCUACAAUUCAUAUUUAUCGCCCUCAGACUAGAUGAGAUCAUCAGAUGGCCAUGGCUUGUUGUUUGCGUUCCACUGUGGAUCUUGAUGUCCUUCCUGUGUCUAGUAGUGCUCUAUUACAUUGUUUGGUCUGUUCUGUUCUUGCGCUCAAUGGAUGUGAUUGCUGAACAAAGGAGGACACACAUCACAAUGGCUGUCAGCUGGAUGACAAUUGUAGUUCCACUGCUCACCUUUGAGAUUUUACUAGUACACAGACUAGAUGGGCACAAUUCUUUCUCUUUUAUACCCAUAUUUGUUCCUCUGUGGCUUUCACUGAUAACUUUAAUGGCAACAACAUUUGGGCAAAAAGGAGGAAAUCACUGGUGGUUUGGUAUUCGCAAAGACUUCUGCCAGUUCCUGCUUGAAAUUUUCCCAUUCCUACGUGAAUAUGGAAAUAUUUCCUAUGAUCUUCAUCACGAAGAUAAUGAAGAAGCAGAAGAAACCCCAGUUCCUGAGCCACCGAAAAUUGCACCAAUGUUUCGAAAAAAGACUGGAGUGGUCAUUACACAGAGUCCUGGGAAAUACGUGAUUCCACCUCCUAAAUUAAACAUCGAUAUGCCAGAUUAAGAUGACGACAACCUGUUAAAACUGGAACUGGGAAUCAACAGACAAAUGCAGUUCAUCUCAUGCCUUGUCCCAAUUACUUUAAAAUAGCUUUUGCUUGAUUCAGUGGCUUGGAUCACAGAAAUCAGAGAUCUUGAAGAUUGAGAGUUUUUCCACGGAGAUUUUGUGAACCCUCCUAAUGGUUCACUUGGCACACUUGCCUGUAUAGUAUUUAUAUGGACAUUUUUAGCAGUGUAAUAUAUUGUUUAAAAGUCUCGUCCUGUACAGUAUAAGUAUUAUCUAAAAGUAUUUUUUUAAAAAGCCUGUAUGAAAUGCCUAUUCUAUUCCGAGUGUCUUUCAGGUCCUAAAUACACUCAUUUUCCACGUCUGUGCUGAGUACUUUGUGGAUGUCUUGGUAUAGUACCUCUUUACUCUUUUUUUUUUUUUUUUUUUCUCUUCAGCCACAAUCAUUAGAUUAAUUGUGAAAGCACAGGUGUGUUGUGCUUCUAAGGAAGGACUGGAAAGCUUUUUGGGAGGAAAUUGAAUGUAUAGCAGCUUACAUGAUGCUUUUGAGUUAGCUAUGUAAAUUGUUAUGUAUUUCAGUUUUUGCACUGGCUUGGGAGUGAAGUUGCUUUUCCAGGUUCAGUUUCUAACUCCUCUUGAGCAAUGUGUAUGCCACUCUCUCAUUAGUUUGGCUGUUUAAUAAACUGUUGCCUCUUGC